AUGUGGUUGCCGUGCCGUUGCCAUGUGGUUGCCGUGCCGUUGCCAUGUGGUUGUUGUGCCGUUGCCAUGUGGUUUCUGUGCCGUUGCCAUGUGGGCAGUAGCUCCGUGAGUGGCAGCCCCGUCCCGUCAACGUCUGGGACCAGCACGCCGCGCAGAGGCCGGCGCCAGCUGCCGCCCACGCCCGCCGUGCCGCGGCCUCACGUCACAUACUCCCCCGCGCUGAGGAAGCCUUACCCCCCCGGCCGCCUGCGUUCCCCCUCCCCCCGACACUUUUCUCCCCCCGACAUGGAGCGGCCGUACCACCGGCCCGCCUCCCGCCACGACUCCCCCCACCGCUCCUCCUCCCGCCACACCUCCCCCCACCACACCUCCCCCCACCACGGGUCUCCGCGCUCGCCUCAGCGAGGUCGCUGGAGCGGGCCCCCACCGGGGGACAGUGUGGAGGGAGACUUCUACGACUACGAGCCCCCGGCCUACGAGCAGAGCCUGUCUCACCCCCGCUCCCCUAGGACCUGCCGCCCUCCCCCCCUCACACGGAGGGUCCCCAACGGGUACCGCUCGUCCUCGCCCUCGCCCCACCGGCACGGGCCCCCAGGAGCACCCCCACACCACCGGCCCCACCCCCGAGGCCCCCGCAAGGGCCUCCAUGAACCUUACAGUGAAACAGACGAGGACGACUGGUGCUGA